AUGCCCUCAGAUGCCCCGCCACAGCAGGCAGUGGACAACUACUUCUGUCGAGAUGUCACCGGUGUGCGUGGACGCCCGAAAUCGAACCUGGCCACGGCAGUCAAGGCAAGCACAGCUGCCAGAGACAUGCCACUGAAGAUCAUGAUUGAUCUGAGUGUCCUUAUUGGCUGCUUGCUUCUCUUCAGUCCUCUGUUGCUGAUUGGAUGCAAGGGGUGUGCGGACACGGACCCGUGUUGCCUGAACAAGCGCAUCGUGACACGCCGGGAUCACGUCUGCCGCGCCGCCACCAGCGAAUGCGAUGUGCCAGAGUACUGCGACGGCGAGAAUGCCACAUGUCCAGAGGACCUGACCGCUCGCAAUGGCUGGCCUUGCUCCAAUAGUCAAGCAUACUGCUGGAGUGGAGUUUGCCAAUCAUUAUCGAGCCAGUGUCAGAGGGCCUGGAACGAUUCAGCUCAAGGACAAGCUGCUCGGAAUUGCUUCACAGUCAUUAACACAGUUGGAUUAGAUACUGGCAACUGUGGUUUCAACUUGUCCACUUCCUCCUCCGCAGCAAACUAUAUGCCCUGUGCAGCAGUAGAUGCCCUCUGUGGUACUUUGUUUUGCCGUCCAGGUCUGAAAACUGUCCCAGUCCUUAGUUAUGUUAAAUACAGAACCUAUAUAGUGCGAGGUGUUGACAAAUGCAGAGGUUUCUUUGCAUCUCCACCAAAAAGCCAUGACGACCCAUCGCUCGUGAAUGACGGAACACUCUGUGAUGCCAGCGGUGCUAAUAAGGACCUCGUGUGCCACAGGCAACGCUGCACGGAGAAGUCUCGAGUCACCAGGCAGUGUUCGGCCGAUUCUGAUGGCGGCAAAGAGUGCCAUGGAAUCGGUGUGUGCACAACUGCAACAACCUGCCAUUACCCACCCACACUUGUUGUAAAUUGCACAGUGCCAGCACUCAUGAAUGGCAAUGCAGACAAGACAAUGGUGUCCUAUCCUCAGAGUGUAAACUACAUCUGUAAUACUGGUUAUAGAAUGAAUGGAUCUGCAACACCAAUGUGCAGUGCUGGUGGAACUCUACAAAUGCCUAUUUGCAACAUUGUCAAUUGUACUGCGCCAACGGUCGCCCAUGGCCGUGGUGACAAGAGAGUUCUGUCAUACCUUCAACAAGUGAAUUACACAUGUGACACUGGUUAUAGUGUAAAUGGAUCAGUAACAGCAACUUGCAGUGCUACUGGAACUUUGACAGAGCCGAAGCCUAUCUGCAACAUUGUGAAUUGCACAGUGACAACACUCAUGAAUGGCAGUGCAGACAAGACAAUGGUGUCCUAUCUUCAGAGUGUGAAUUACACGUGUAAUACUGGUUAUAGAAUGAAUGGAUCUGCAACAGCAAUGUGCAGUGCUGAUGGAACUCUACAAAUACCUACUUGCAACAUUGUGAAUUGCACAGUGCCAACACUCAUGAAUGGCAAUGCUGACAAAACCUUGGUGUCCUAUCUUCAGAGUGUGAAUUACACGUGUAAUACUGGUUAUAGAAUGAAUGGAUCUGCAACAGCAAUGUGCAGUGCUGAUGGAACUCUACAAAUGCCUACUUGCAACACAUUAGGAGAUGCAGUAUUCCUGUUGCGAGUUAGAUGGUUGGGCCGACGGAAGACCCUGCCACAGCCGCACAUGAACACUCUAGGCUUUGGCACAGCCGGCCGGGAUGAUUGCACAUGA